AUGUUUCCGGUACUGAAUCCUAACAAACCCGGCAAGAUUAGACUUGUUUGGGACGCCGCCGCAACCUCCCACGGAAUAUCUCUAAAUUCUGUCCUUCUCAAAGGGCCAGACCAGUUGACAUCUCUUUUGUCGGUUUUGAUUCAGUUCCGUGAGUACCGCGACAUCCGUGAAAUGUAUCAUCAAGUCCUGAUGAGAUCAGAGGACCAACACUGCCAACGUUUUCUAUGGAAGGAGACGGAAACUGAUACAAAUCCCAGUAUCUAUGUGAUGCAGGUAAUGUCAUUCGGAGCGUGCUGUUCUCCUAGUACCGCACAAUACGUUAAAAACAUCCAUGCAAAGCAGUUUGAUUCCGAAUAUCUGGACGCCGUUCACGCAAUCGUGCAUCAGCAUUACGUUGACGAUAUGCUGAUCAGCGUUGAGACGGAGGGGGAGGCCAUACAGCUGGCGGUCGACGUAAAGAACAUUCAUCAUUCUGGAGGGUUCGAAAUGCGGAACUGGGUCUCCAACUCCCCGGCAGUGGUUGCUGCGCUAGAAGGAGGUGUGGCUCUAUCUGGAGCUAGGGAAAUAAACAUGAGCAUUGGUGAAGCUAACGGUACCGAAAAGGUUCUCGGAAUGUGGUGGGACACUACUACAGACUGCUUCACGUAUAAGUUGUCUGACGCCGAUCUGUUAUCCGGAGAUAAGCGGCCAACAAAACGCGAGGUCUUAAGGACACUAAUGAUGGUUUUCGACCCUAUCGGCUUUAUCAGCCACUUUCUAAUGUUCCUCCGAAGCCUUCUACAAGAGAUUUGGAGAGCGUCCGUUGACUGGGAUGAACAGAUCCAUGAUUCACAUUACGAAAAAUGGCUCACCUGGCUUCGGGUCCUUCCCAAAGUUUCCGACAUCAAGAUACCGCGAUGUUAUCGAACAGCUACCUCCACAGGAGGAAGUAGAAUUCAAAUGCACACCUUCGUAGACGCUAGCGAGAAUGGGUUCGCGGCGGUCAUAUACUUACGAUUUCAGGAAGAGAAAACCGUGGAAUGCGCAUUAGCUGGUGCAAAAUGUAGAGUGGCUCCGCUCAAAUUCCUGUCGAUACCACGGUCCGAGCUACAAGCCGCCGUCAUCGGGGUACGAUUGGCGGACACAAUUUUCCAGUCUCUAUCCGUUAAAGUUCAAAAACGCUACUUCUGGACGGACUCCAGAGACGUCAUGUGCUGUCUUCAUUCGGAUCAUCGACGCUACAGCCAGUAUGUAGGAGUACGAAUUAGUGAGAUCCUUGAAACGACAAAUCUUGCAGAUUGGCGAUGGGUGCCGACAAAGCUAAACGUAGCGGACGAGGGAACGAAAUGGAAGAGCACUCCUGAUCUUAGACACUCCAGCCGAUGGUUUCGUGGACCCGAUUUCCUUUGGAAACGCGAAGAUGACUGGCCGGCAACAUCGCAGUUUGUUAGAGUUACUAAUACAGAGCUUCGUCCAUACUUACACCUCCAUUUCAAGGUCUUCGACCCAAUCAUCGACGCAAGCCAUUUCAGCCAAUGGGCUACCCUCCUGAAGGCUACAGCGUAUGUGUUCAGAGCCAUCAGAAACAUGCAGCAGACUACACGGAGGACGGCUAAAACUCGUAGCCCCCUCACAAGGGACGAGUUUAUCAAGGCCGAAAGCUACCUGUACCAAAUAGCUCAGCGACACUCGUAUAGGGAGGAGAUCGCAGUUCUGUCUAUGGACCACCACGAAUCAACAAACAAAAUUCCUAAAAGCAGCCCAUUGUUCCGCCUGUGCCCAUUCAUGGAUGAAACAGUUCUAAGGAUACGAGGACGAACCAACGGAUGUCGAUUCAUCGAUAGCAGUGUCGCUAAUCCCGUAAUAUUGCCCCGGGAACACAGCAUUACCAAAUCAUCGUGCAAGAUAUCCAAUGAAAAUUUCUGCAUCAGAAUCACCAGACCAUCAAUAAUGAGCUAA